AUGCUGACCCCUGCUGGCCGCGCGCGGGAACGCAGCGUGCCUGCUGCCGAGACUGACAAUUUUAACACUUUGGAAGUGUCCCCACUCAAAGGCUCUUUCGGGCAGUCUGAUUUAACCAUCAACCUAAGACAUCAGCAGGGGGGCAAACUGCAGGACCUCACCUUCACAAGGUGGGAUGAGCUGGCUGCAGCCUUUGACCCCAGAGGUGGACACACCUCUGGACCUGCUGCUGCCGAGGCUUACAUGAGCAGCAGAGGUGAGGGGCCAGUGGACCUGGGGCCUGUGAGCCCAGAGGUGGCCAUGAGGGCCCCCACAGCGGCUGCCAAGCUGUGA